GGGGAUCCCCCCCAACCCAGGCUCUGUCCCCCGCUCUGCCCCCCCAGUCCCUUCCCGGGGAUCCCGCAGCCCAGGCUCUGCCCCUCCAGCCCAGGCUCUGGCCCCCUGGCCUUUCCUGGUGGCUCCUAUCUCAGGUCCCUGUCCCCCCAGCCCUGCCUUCACACAGAGAGGCAGAGUUACCCUGAGCAGCUCUCCCCCCUCCCCCUCCCCAUCCUCACAUCCCCAUUCCUAUGGCUGUGGCCUGCUGAGUUGGGGAUUGGGAUACAGGGGCCACGUGUCCCCUCCCUCUCCAGGCUGGCGAACCCGACGGAGGCCAUGCCCAGGGACCUUCAGCAGACUCCCGCAGAGGAAGGGAGGAGCAUCACUGACUCUCUCAUCGCCCAGAGAAACCUGUCCUGCCCAGCAGAAAAAGAGACCCCAGAGAGCAUAUCCAAGGCCUUGGCAUCUCUGCUCACCAUCCGCUUGGACAGGGAGAACAUUUGCGCUAUCAGCAACCUGCAGGGUUUGAGAGAGGUCCGCAGUCUCUACCUGCAAGAGAACCAAAUUGAGACCAUUGAGAAUCUCAGCUGCCUUCCCAACCUCCGGUUCCUCUCGCUGGCUGGGAACCGCGUCCAGGUAGUGGAGAACCUCCGGGACCUGCGGCAACUGCAGUUCCUGGACCUGUCGCAGAACCGGAUCGAGACACUGGACCCUGAUGAGCUGCCCUGGACCCUCCGCAUCCUGAACUUAUCGGGAAACAGGUGCACCCACCAGAAUGGCUACAGAGAGUUGGUGCUCGCGGCCUUGCCCCAUCUCAUGAAGUUGGACACCCAGCUUGUCCCCAGCUGGAGGGACCCUGACCCAGCGGAGGAGGAGGAGGGAGCUUCUGAUGACAGCGGCUCUGAGGAAGAUGAUGAUGUCCCUGAGCUGACUGGUCCUUUCUGUGCAGACAAAGAGUUCUUUGCGGGUCUCCGGCAGGAGCUGGCUGGCCGCUCACAGAGGAGGCGGCAGGAGGCGCUGAGCGAACACCAGGCCCGGCUGGAGGAGCUCACAGAGCGACAGAGACUGAUGCAGCCGCCAGGAGAUCUGGGCCCAGGAAGCCGGGAGGGCCCAGCGGAGGAGGGAGCUGCAGGAGGGAGAUCGCCAGCCCCUGGGCUGCUUGAGCCGCCCCCCAACCCCAAGUCCGGAUCUCGGCUGCUUUCUCUACCGAAGGCAGGAGGCUCUACGAGGUCUGGCUCCCCACGCACUGGCGGGCAGAGCAAGCGCGGGAGCGGGGCCCGCCUCAAGCCCCCGAAAGGGGAGGCUUCCCCCACAGUUAAAACUGCAGCCAGAGCAGCAAAGAAGUGACUGAAGCCCAGCCAGCCCCCGCUGCAAAGGCACAUGGGGGACUGACCGCGCCGGCCUGGACAAAACAGCACAGUGGCACUUGCGACUGAAA